ACACCGCACUUACCAAGAGAGAGAAAGUGAGAGGCGACUCCACUCGCUUCGUCUCCUCUCUCUCUCUCUCCCGAGGCUCUCUCUCUCCUCCUCCUCCUUUCCUCUUGGUCUCUGGUCAUCGCCCUCGUCUCCCCGCUCUGACUCCGUCCCCAGCCGCCGCCGCCGCCUCCAGGCGCAGCCCCCCUCCUCCGCGGCGCCGCCUCGUCCCGAUCGACCCCCGAAUCGCCCGAAACCGUGAGCCGCGCGAGGCGGCCACUGUUCCUACAACAUAUCAGGGGCGACAGGAGAACUGCAGAAAAGGGAGAACGUUUGAUUGUUUGCGCGAUGGUGGAAGGUCCCAAUUUCGCUGGCAUGAUUGGUGGUAUUGGCGGUCAUGACAAUGGUGGGAAUUUUUGCGACAUGGCGUACUACAGAAAGCUUGGUGAGGGCUCAAACAUGUCCAUCGAUAGCCUUAACAGCAUGCAGACCAGCACACAUGGUGGCUCCAUUGCAAUGUCUGUGGACAAUAGUAGUGUAGGGUCUUGCGACUCCCAUACUAGGAUGCUCAAUCACCCGGGCCUUAAGGGACCUGUUGUAGGCAAUUACUCAGUCGGGGGGCACAGCAUUUUCCGUCAUGGACGGGUGUCUCAUGCCUUGAGUGAUGAUGCGCUAGCACAAGCGUUGAUGGAUCCAAGGUACCCAACUGAGACACUCAAGGAUUAUGAGGAGUGGACAAUUGAUUUGGCUAAGCUCCACAUGGGAAUGCCCUUUGCACAAGGUGCCUUUGGAAAGCUCUACAGGGGUACCUAUAAUGGUGAAGAUGUCGCGAUUAAGCUUUUGGAGAGGCCAGAGGCUGAUCCAGAGAGAGCCGGGUUAAUGGAGCAGCAGUUUGUGCAAGAAGUUAUGAUGCUUGCAACCUUGAGGCACCAGAAUAUUGUUAAAUUUGUUGGAGCAUGCAGGAAGCCAGUGGUUUGGUGCAUUGUGACGGAGUAUGCAAAGGGUGGAUCAGUUAGACAGUUUCUGACAAAGAGGCAGAACAGGUCAGUUCCACUAAAACUGGCGGUGAAGCAAGCAUUGGAUGUUGCAAGGGGGAUGGCCUAUGUUCAUGGUCUUGGGUUCAUUCAUAGGGAUCUAAAAUCAGACAACCUCUUGAUUGCUGGUGAUAAAUCUAUUAAGAUAGCAGACUUUGGAGUAGCUCGGAUUGAAGUCAAAACUGAGGGGAUGACACCUGAAACAGGAACCUACCGUUGGAUGGCACCAGAGAUGAUUCAGCACAGGCCAUACGACCAGAAAGUUGAUGUCUACAGCUUUGGCAUUGUGCUGUGGGAGCUUAUAACUGGCAUGCUCCCUUUCGCCAACAUGACAGCAGUACAAGCCGCUUUCGCUGUGGUGAACAAGGGUGUCCGCCCAGCCAUACCUCAGGACUGCCUGCCCACCCUUGGCGAGAUCAUGACCAGGUGCUGGGAUCCGAACCCUGAUGUCCGUCCGCCGUUCACUGAAGUUGUCCGGAUGCUGGAGCAUGCUGAGAUGGAGAUAUUGAGCACUGUCCGCAAGGCCCGAUUUCGGUGUUGCAUCUCCCAACCGAUGACCACCGACUGAACCCGACAAAAGGAAAGUUGAGAAGAACUCCGUGGAAGCAUAAUUGAGUGUAUUUAUCAUAUGUCAAGACUUUGCUCAGCUGAAGUAGAAAAUCCACCUGAGUGUAUGGCUGUGUGUGUAUAUACUCAGGUGUAAGCCUGUCGUCUCUCAAAUAUUUCUCUCCUUAGAAUAUACCUAGUUUGUGCUUUCAGACUCUUGAGAUGUUUUAGGGCUAGCCUAUGUCCUGUUGUCAAAACAUCAUGCAGGGUUCCUAUUCUUGUAACGGCCUUGUGUCCCUGUUGCUUUGUUCAUGUGUUAUAACCCUCCUGCUGAAAUAUGCUUAUGUGCACAAACAUGUGUUGCUUCAGAGUAUAUAUAGCAUAUAUAAUUUCCUGGCAA